GCAGAAGAACAGCUGAAAGAGGGCUGGAAGAGAGAGAUGGCAGUUUGAGAAAUAUGUGUGUGAGAGAAAGUGUGUGUGUGGAUCUAAUAUCUGCUGCCUGUCUCUGUCAGUCUGCGCUCAUUUACUGCUGCGAUACACACACACACACACACACACACACACACAAACACACACACUGCUCAGGGUAAACCUUCGGGUUGAGCUGGAAAAUAUUUUAAUUUUUUUUUUAGAAGAAGAAGAAGGUCUGAUCUGAGUGAGGAAGGAUCUGCUAAGCGGACGAACACACACGCACACGUCGUAGUGUGUCUUUUAUUCCUCUUUUUGAGUUCCGGAGUUUUUCUCUUCAAUCCUUUAAACCGAAAACGCGACUUGCAUGUUUUUUUAUUUUAUUGAUUAACCCUCGAUGAACUCGAUGAAGGAUCCGUUGAGUUUAAAUCAUCACCAUCACCAUCAUCACCAUCAUCACAUCUCAGGAGGUUCCAAACUGAUCACGGCUCUCCACAUGGCCUCCAAACACGGAGUGGAAGGAAACACAGACACACACAGUCCUGAGGUUGCAGAAAAAGAGAAAGUUCAGAGUAAAAACGAAGAUUCUUCUGAUGAUCCGUCGAAGAAAAAGCGGCAGCGGCGGCAGAGGACGCACUUCACCAGUCAGCAGCUGCAGGAGCUCGAGGCCACAUUCCAGCGGAACCGUUACCCGGACAUGAGCACGCGCGAGGAGAUCGCCGUCUGGACCAAUCUCACGGAGGCGCGAGUCCGGGUUUGGUUUAAGAACCGUCGCGCUAAAUGGCGGAAGCGCGAACGUAACCAGCAGGCUGAACUCUGCAAGAACGGCUUCGGCGCGCAGUUUAACGGCUUGGUGCAGCCGUAUGACGACGUGUAUCCGAGCUACACGUACAAUAACUGGGCGGCAGCGGCUAAAGGGCUCGCUCCGGCUUCUCUCUCGGCCAAAAGCUUCCCAUUCUUCAACUCGAUGAACUCCAUCAGCCCGCUGUCGUCCCAGGCGAUGUUCUCCGCGGCGCCUCCGCCGCCUCCUCCGCCUCCGCCUGCGCCGAGCUCCAUCUCCUCCAUGAGCAUGAGCAUGAGCUCUGGAAUGGCCACGUCCGGUCUUAACGGCCUCAACAACCUGAACAACCUCGGCAACGCGUCACUCAACUCGCCCGCCGCGUGUCCGUACGCCCCGCCGACUCCGCCCUACGUCUACCGGGACACGUGUAACUCCAGUCUGGCGAGUCUGAGACUCAAAGCCAAGCAGCACUCGAGCUUCGGCUACGCGGGAGUCCAGAACGCCGCCACGAACCUCAGCGCGUGUCAGUACGCCGUGGACAGACCCGUGUAGACGCACAGAAAAAUCAAAAUAGCGCAAAAAAAGUUAAGAACUAAAGAAAUCCCAGGAAAAAACAGAACAUGUUUUCGUUUUAUUUUCCCGUCACAGAUAAAUAAAUAUUAAAAUAAAUAAAAGCGCACGGAGAAUUAAGGACUGAACAUCUCGGAAAUCCCUGGACUUCAUCUUUAACUUUUAAUUUUAUUUUCUUCCUAAAUGAAACCUGGCACUACAGAGAAGAACGAAUUAAAGCACCGAGGCUCGCUAUCGUCCACCUGCUCGUCGUCCAGAUGGAGUUUGUUUUGAACAAAUCAACAACAAAUAAAGUUGGACGUUUCAGAGUUUUCAGCGACGGGUGUGUAGCAUUUAUCACGAAAAAGAACAACUAACAAACCCAGAUAAGCUCGAUUUGAUUUCUCUUUCGCCUACUGGACUUUAAAUGACUGGACUUCAUGUGUAAAUAUAUGUCUGAAUAUCACUUCCAGGUUUGUAAGAGGCUUCAGGGCCUUUGGUUUAAAAAACUAAAAGAAAACAAUCACUUUAACACCGCAUGUGAUGAAUAUGUCUUGCUUGCAGUUUAAGGGGAAUGUACAUACUGAGCGGCUCCAGUCGAACCUGCCAUAUAAAUUUAUUAUUAAAUGUCUGUUGUGAAUAUAGAUUUAGAGUAGAAAAUAAAAACCCAAAAAUGUUUCUGCGGGGAUAAAAAUGAAUGAAAUUGUUUUUUGCUCUGUGUAUAGUACUACUAUUUGGUACGGAUUUUUUUUCUU